CUUUACAGGAAGUUGUAGCUGCCAUGUUUAGCUGCUUUGUUGUAGAUUCCUUGUAGGUUUCCUGCAGAUUUUAGCCUAAGUGUUGCAAUGGAACCGAGCUGGAGUACGUUCUUAUUUCAGCAGGCCAAUGAGGCUCUGCAUCAUCAGCACCAAGUAGCUGGGAACAGCCUCUUGCCUUUGCUCAAUUCUGGAACAGAGCCACCUGAUCAGAAGCCGGUACUCCCCAUUCCCUUGGAUCAGAAACCCCCUGUCAGUGCUGCAGAACUUCUUAAAGACAAUGUGGCCAGUGGGACUGGAGGAGGAGGUGGCGGUGGGCCUCCAGUUGCUGUGGUCAAAAAGGAGCCUAAGUCAAAGACGCCUUUCAUCUGUGGCUACUGCAACAAAGCUUUUCGGGACAGCUACCACCUGCGGCGACAUGAGUCUUGCCACACUGGCAUUAAGAUGGUUUCACGACCUAAGAAGACGCAAACAGCCCCCACCAUGGUACCACUCAUAUCCACUGUACCACGGGAGAAUAACGGAAAUCCUUCAUACAUUACUACUGUAGCUGGUAUCCUGACAACAGCCACCACAUCAGCAUCCACAGGCACUAGCAUAAUGACCUCAAUGCAACACCAACAGCAGCAGAGCAUCCCUAAGAAGCCCCCCAAGCCAGUGAAAAAGAAUCAUGGUUGUGACAUGUGUGGUAAGGCCUUCAGAGAUGUGUAUCACCUCAACCGGCACAAGCUGUCGCACUCUGAUGAGAAGCCAUUUGAGUGUCCCAUCUGUCAGCAGAGGUUCAAGAGGAAAGAUCGCAUGACAUAUCAUGUCCGCUCCCAUGAUGGUGGAGUUCACAAGCCUUACAUUUGUUCUGUCUGUGGGAAGGGCUUUUCCAGACCUGAUCACCUAAGCUGUCAUGUCAAGCAUGUCCAUUCCUCAGAGAGGCCAUUUAAGUGCCAAGUAACGGCCUGUACCUCUGCUUUUGCUACCAAAGACCGUCUGCGUUCCCACAUGAUUAGGCAUGAAGGCAAAGUGACUUGCAACAUCUGUGGCAAAAUGCUAAGCGCUGCCUACAUCACAAGUCACCUCAAGACGCAUGGCCAGGCCAGCUUCAGCAACCCCUGUAACAAUAAAGGCAUAAGUGACUGGCAGUGGAACCACUCAGGGCCACGAAAAGGUGAGUUGACGGUAGGAGAGAUUUUAAAUAACUCCUUCCAAGUCCUAAUUGACAACUCUCACAAAGAUGGCAAUAGUGUGCACAACAACGCAGCCACUACGACACCAGUCACCAACUCAGCAGCAAUCACCUCAGCUGUGAACCGUGGUGGCAAUGCUAGCAAUCCCAUCACCAUCGCUGCUCAGAUGAACAUUGCCACCAGCACGGUCAACAUUACGUCACCAGUCAACCUGCAGCACCCUGUCACCAUCACUGGUCCUGUGAACCUGGCCUCUGUCAACAUCCCUACAACAGCACACAUGAAUAUUGCUCACCCAGUGGCGAUCACCACUCCCAUGUCCAUGAAUAUCACUGGGCCACUCAACAUUGCCAUGAGGCCAAUGGAGAGCAUGCCUUUUCUAUCUCAAGUUCUGCCUUCAUCCCCUCCUUGGUAGAGCUUUGUUAGCACAUGUAACAGCAGAUAAUGUUUUAACCACCUGCUAAUUGGUGAGCUUGUCCUCUCUUAAUAAACAGCCCUGUAUAUGGGUUAAUAGUG